CCGCCGCUCCCAAAACGCCCCAUGUUCUCUGCCCCAGUGGAAGAGAGGGGGGCGCCCCACUGACGAUAGCGUCGUUCCAACAAUCCCAGCGGCUUGAGGUGCAAGACGUCAUGAGCGCAAAGUAAGGGAAAAAAGCCCAGCCUACUUUUGACACAAUUGUGGAUAGGUGAAAUUCGCAAUCCCAUCUUUUUGGCCGUCCUGCUAUUCGCUCCUUUGCGAGCCUAGCCGCAGCCUUAAACAGUCUUCAUCCUCACACUUUGCCCAUUCUCGCACAUCUCCAGUUUUCUUCCGUUCUCAUCAACACCACUUCGAUUGUGUAGUUUCUUCUCUCUUCUUUACACUCGCAUGCAUCCUCACUGUCAAUUGCAUCUUGGCUCGUGUACUGUCCAGCCUUGAUCUCUUCAAUCUGCACAUUAUACCUAGCAUCUUGUCGCCGCAGUUCCCGGCCGAACCUACCUCGACCUAGCCACCCACGCUGCACAGCAAAUGUCAAGAUAAGCAGACGCAAUCGAACCCAAGCCCCCCUUACCACAUUUUGUCUUCUACUCUCUUCUCCUCCACAAUUACAGUCCAUCAUGUCGGAAAAGUCGAAAGAGCGCGACUACAACUCGUCAAAUGACUUGCCUCCCAUCUACGCCCGGACCACCAACGGCUCAGCCAAGUCGGCACGAAUGGCUGCCAUGUUUGGUGGCAAGGGUGUUGAGAUUGGCCCUCGCAUAAUUCCCGUUCCCGAUUAUCUCAAAUCAGACGACGACGAUUCAGAGGAAACCAGCUCGGCCAUCUUGGACCGCCAGCUUGCUGCGGAAGACGGCGCCUCCAUUCAGUACAGAACCUGCUCUUGGCAAAAGACUGCCGCGCUACUCUUCAGUGAAUACAUUUGCCUCGCCAUUAUGAGUUUCCCUUGGUCAUAUAGCAUCCUCGGACUCGUGCCUGGCAUCAUCCUCACCGUCGUUGUUGCUGGUCUUGUCUUGUACACCAGCUUGAUUCUCUGGCAAUUCUGCUUGCGCCACCCCGAAGUGCGCGAUGUUUGUGAUAUUGGACAGACCCUUUUUACGUUCAAGCAAUUUCCAUGGCUUGGCGUAUUUGCCUGGUGGGCUACAGCUGUCAUGUUCAUCCUGAACAACACAUUCAUUCAGGCCUUGCAUGUUCUUGUUGGCGCAGAGUAUCUCAACACUAUGACCGCCUCUGACUUCAUUGGUGGCUGCCGUACCGUCGAGUUUUCCGUCAUUGUCACCGUCAUUUGCUGGCUAGCAUCGCUUCCUCGUACGUUUAGCAUGAUGUCGAAACUUGGUACGGCAUCUGCCAUCUUCACCUUUAUCUCUGUGGUCCUCGCAACCAUCUUUGUCGCAAUCCAAGGACCCCCUGCGCAUUUCGAUCUCGAAGGCAAAGGUCCCGAUCCUUACGGUGCUGUCAUCUUCAACAUCAUUCCCGAAAAGGGUACAACAUGGGUCAAUGGCAUGGCGGCCUUCCUCAACAUCAGCUACACUUUCAUCGGUCAGAUUACGCUGCCCAGCUUUAUCGCUGAGAUGCGCGAUCCUCGAGAAUUCCCCAAGGCCCUCUGGGCUUGUACCAUUGCCGAAAUUGCCGUCUUCAGCGUCGUUGGAGGAGUCAUGUACGCAUACACUGGUCAAUAUGUUACAGCCCCAGCAUUUGGAUCCCUUCAUGAGGGCUACAAGAAGAUCUCCUUUUCUUUCAUGAUCCCAACACUGAUUUUCUUGGGCUGCCUCUACGCCUCAGUGACGGCGCGAUUCGUCUUCUUCCGCAUGUUCCGCAACUCCCGCCAUCUCAGCGACCACACUGUCGUUGGGUGGAGCGCAUGGACCGGCAUCUUGCUUGUCACCUGGAUUGUUGCGUUUGUAAUCUCGCAAGUCAUUCCUUUUUUCAACUCUCGUAAGUAAACAUGCAUUUAGUCUCUGGAGUUGUGUAGUACGCUAACACACAUCAGUUCUCGCCGUCAUGUCAUCUCUCUUCGACAGCUGGUUCGGCUUCAUCUUUUGGGGCGUCGCCUUCUUCCGCAUGCGCUCUGCAGAUGAGAAGGCUAAACGCCGGCGCAACGCGGCUUUGGACAUCCUCUCUGUCUCUCUCAAUGUGAUCAUCAUUCUUACUGGCGUUAUGUUUUUGACUUUGGGCACCGCAGCGAGUGUUAUCGGUAUUAUUGACGAGUUCAAGUCGGGCGUGAAGAAGGUUUUCUCGUGCGCCAGCAACGCCAUCUAGUUUUUCUUUUUUUCUUUUUGCUUGUCUGCAUAUUCAAGUAUAUCCCAGUAUAUGAUUAGGUUUGGGGCCAUUUAUGAAAAUAUGAGGUGUAUAUUCUUUUGCGUUACGAAAACGAUGGCCAAGCUAUUGUUACAGUGUGAAUGCCAGCAAAACGUGGCGCUUCUGCAAGGACAUUUUUAGUGUCUGCACGACACGUGGGGCGCCCUCAAGCUAGUAAAAGGUGGGCAAGUUUAGCGAGGCAGUUUUGUAUGAAGGUUUCAAGUGUCCUGGGUAUGAAAAAUUACACAACUAAGAACAUGGGGAACUUUGGAGUC